AUGGAGGAAUCAGAUCGGAAUCGGUCAUUUUCGUCGGAGGUUAGGGAUGAGCAAUUUUCCGGCGAUGCAUCGAUGUCGCGACACGAGGAGGAGGUACCGGUGAUUGACGACGAUGAUAGGCGGCCUCCGUUGCCGUUUCCGGAGAGGAAUAAUGUUUUUCACAAUGCACCUUAUUUUCCGGCGACUGACAAUGAGGAAGCUGUGCGGUUAGCCAGAGAUGAUACCUGUUCUUACAUUGUUGUUAUUAUCACUUUCUGGUUCUUCGUCUCUAUGACUUUGAUACUGGGAGUUUAUGGGCCAGGUAAUUUGCAGCUUGGACCAAAUUCCUCAAUCCUGAUAAAACCUAAUCCCUUAUUUGUAAAAAAUAUAAAGGUGGAAGAGAUGGAUGGUGCAAACAAUAGACCAACGGUGUAUGGGUUCUAUGAAAAUCCGUCUCUUGAUGUUCUUGCAACUUCUACUGAAGCUUACAGAACCUCUCUUCCUGCAAACACUAACAAGCAAUGGAUAUAUUACUUGAAUCAAGGGUCUCAAAUAAACAUAUCAUAUAGUGUCAAGUCCUCAAGUUCGUUUGGUUUAGUCCUUAUUAUUGCUCAAGGAAGCGAAGGUCUAGCUCAGUGGCUUGAAGACCCAUCUUAUCCAAAUACAACACUAUCAUGGAAUGUCAUUUAUGGGAAUGGCACAAUCAGCCAAGACAUAGGGAAGUCCUCUAGUUAUUACGUGGCAGUGGGCAACUUGAACUCUGGAGUUGUACAGGUUCGGUUGAAUAUUAGAAGUAAGGUAUUGCUCUAUAAUACAACUGGUGCUUAUUAUGAGUGCAACCUCAGACAAAAACCAUGUGGAAUGAGCUUCUUUCUGGCCGGAGGAAAUGUUGCUCUUUUGACUUCUCCUCCUCAAAGGCCAGGUAUAGCUACUGGUAUGUGGAGCGUCAAACUUUCCUAUGGACCUCGGUGGAUCACAUAUCUUCUUGGAGUAGGUGGGAUGAGUUUUCUCAUUUGGUUGGUAUUCAGGUACUUGAAUAAUAUGCAAUCCACUCAUCUGGAAGGUAUUAGAGACCCAGUGGGGCCGAUGGAAUCUGAGCAGACCCCUCUUCUUUCACGCAAAGAUGAUGAUAUUGCAAGCUGGGGUUCUUCUUACGAUGGUCUUUCACAAGAUGAUGAGUAUAAUGAAGGUGUACUGGACCUCACUGCAGCUCAAGGGAGACUAGUUAAAGAUGGUGAAUACAACAGCAAUAUUCGCCGACUCUGCGCAAUUUGUUUUGAUGCGCCAAGGGACUGCUUCUUUCUUCCAUGUGGACACCAUGCAUCCUGUUUUGAAUGUGGAACUAGGAUAGCAGAAGUUGCUGGUACUUGCCCAAUCUGUCGCAGGCCUAUAAAGAAGGUGAGAAAGAUAUAUACAGUUUGAGUAGCCGAGAGAAAGCCAUUGUAGAUACAAUGUAAAUCAUGGAUAUACUGAGUACUCCUUCCAAUUUAUUACUCUUUGAGAAUUGAUGCUGUAAAUGAAAUAGUUCGCGGUAUUGGUAGGCUAAUCCAUUUCUUUUGGUAUAGAGGGCAGCACAUAUGUAUUUUCUAUGUGACAUACAAUAUUUGUAUCUUUUCCCCAUGGAUGUUUGGUUCUUUACAUUGGUUUACUCUACCAAGAAGCAACCAUAAUGUCAUGUACUUGAAACAUAUAGCUGGUGAAGUUCACACA